AUGGCCUCCCCCAAGCCCAACACAAUGACCACCGCCCCCAAGGUCCUGAUCGCGAACCGCGGCGAGAUCGCGCUGCGUAUCCUGCGCACGGCGCGCAAGCUCGGCAUUCCGACCGUGGCCAUCUACACGCUCGUCGACGCCGACACGCCCGUCGUGCACCAGGCCGACGAGGCGCACAUCAUCGGCGACGGCUCCAACCCCCGCGGAUAUCUUGACAUCGACGAGAUUGUGGCUAUCGCCAAGAAGAGCGGGGCGACCAUGGUCGCGCCGGGGUACGGGUUCCUGUCUGAGAAUGCUAGCUUCGCCAAGGCCAUCGAGGCCGCAGGCAUCACGUUCCUCGGCCCCACGCCCUUCCAAAUGACGUCGAUGGGACUGAAGCACGAGGCGCGCGCCGUCGCCAUCAAGGCUGGCGUGCCCGUCGUCCCCGGAAGCGAGGGCACGAUCGAGACGCUGGAGCUUGCGCUCGAGUGGGCGGCGAAGAUCGGAUACCCCGUCAUGCUCAAGGCGAGCGCCGGCGGCGGUGGCAUGGGAAUGACUGUGUGCAAGAACGAACAAGAGCUCAAGGACAACUUUGAGGCGACGCGGCAGAAGGGCGAGACCCUCUUCAAAGACUCAACCGUCUUUCUCGAGAAGUACAUUGCGCGGGCACGACACGUCGAGGUCCAGAUCUUCGGAAACGGCGAGGGCCAUGUCAUUCACUUUGGCGAGCGCGAGUGCUCCGUUCAGCGGCGACACCAGAAGGUUAUCGAGGAGACGCCGUGCCCAUUGUUCCUCUCCGACCUCGGCAAGAAGACCCGCGAGCGCAUGUGCGCUGCCGCCGUGGCCCUCGGCCAGACGAUCAACUACCGCUCGGCCGGCACGGUCGAGUUUGUGCUCGACGACGAGUCGCCAAACUACGAUUUCUACUUCCUCGAGCUGAACGCGCGUAUUCAGGUCGAGCACCCCAUUACCGAGGUUGUCCGCCCGGGGCUGGACCUGGUCGAGCUGCUCAUCCGCCAGGGCCUGGUGCCGAACCACUCGCUGCCGGCUGCCGAGCUCGACCAAGCGCGCUGGGCGCCGUUCGACGGGCACUCGAUCGAGGCGCGUAUCUACUGCGAGAACCCGCUCGCCGGCUUCCGCCCCUCCCCCGGCCGACUGCAGCUCGUCGAGUGGGCGGAUAUCGGCGAGCGCGGCCGCAUCGAUACCUGGGUCAAGACGGGCACUAUGGUGUCGCCAAACUACGACCCCAUGAUCGCCAAGGUCAUCGUGUGGGGCAAGGACCGCGACGCGGCGAUCAAGCAGCUCGUCAAGGUGCUCUCCGAGUCCAAGAUCGCGGGGCCGACAACCAACCUCCACUACUGCCGCGCGAUCCUCGAGUCGGACGCGUUCCAGAAGGGCGCAGUCACGACCGUGUACCUCGACAGCAUGCCCUACGAGCCGCCUGUGAUGGAGUUCAUUCAGCCCGGUCUCUCGACGACGGUGCAGGACCUGCCUGGCCGCUUCGUCGGCCUCGGUAUCCCCCGUGGCGGCGCGGCCGACAUGCUCGCGCUCCAGGCUGCCAACGUGCUGGUCGGGAACGACCCCAACGCCGAAGGGCUGGAGAUGACGAUGAUGGGCUCCAAGAUCAAGUUCCACUGUGCCGCGACGAUCGCCAUCACUGGCGCCGAGAUGAAGGUCACGAUCGACAAGCAGGAGGUGCCCAUGUGGGAGACGCUCAAGAUCGCCAAGGGCAGUGUGCUCUUCGUCGGCUCGGCGAACGGUCACGGCCUAAGGAGCUACCUCGCGAUCCGGGGCGGCCUGCCCACCAUCGCGCCGUACAUGGGCUCCAAGUCGACCUUUGCCGGCGCGUCGCUCGGCGGAUCGCAGGGCCGCGCGCUGUUCGCCGGCGACAUGCUGGACAUUGACCUCGACUCGGCCAACUUUGACCGCAAGCUGUCGAUCCCGCCCGCUAGCCGUCCCCAGCUCGGCUCGGUGUGGGAGCUCGAAGUCACCCCCAGCGCCCAGUGGGACGAGGAGUUCAUCACGCUGCAGGGCAUGAAGAACAUGCUCGACGCCGAGUGGACCGUCACCCCCGCCUCUAACCGCAGUGGCCUGCGUCUCGAGGGCCCCCUGCUCGACUGGGCACGCUCGUCGGGUGGCGAGGGAGGCAGCCACCCCAGCAACCUCAUCGACCAGGGCUACGCCUUUGGUGCGCUCAACUUCAACGGCGACACGCCGGUGCUCUUCGGCGUCGACGGCCCCGACAUGGGCGGCUUCUCGUGCGUCCUCACCGUUGCGCGUCCCAGCAUGUGGAAGCUCGGCCAGAUGCGCCCCGCCGACAAGGUUCGCUUUGUGCUUGUCACGCGCCAGGACUCGGAGGAGCUCGAGACGAGCCACAACACGUGGCUCAACGCGCUCAUCGAGGAGAGCGAUGCCUCGGCGUACGCCCCGUCGGCCAAGGCCAAGCCGGUCGACGACUCUGCGUUCGUCUCCACGUCCGUCCUCUACACCCGUGGCGAUGUCACGGUCCGCGAGGCAGGCGACGAGUUCAUCCUCUUUGAGGUUGGCGAGAUGACCUUUGACAUGCGGGACCGCGUCAAGGUCGAGCUGUGGGAGCGCGGCCUCCGCGCCAAGAAGGUCCCCGGCAUCGUCUACUUCAACACGUGUGUCCGCUCGUCGCUCAUCCACUUUGACCCCAAGAUCAUCUCGAUGGAGCAGCUCGUCAAGGUUGUGGUCGACGCCGCCAAGGGCCUCGACGACGUGACCAACGUCGAGAUCCCCAUGACGGUCUGGAAGAUGCCCGUCGUCCCGAACGACAGGUGGACUCGCGCCGACAUUGAGUACUACAUGAAGUCUGCGCGCAAGGAGGCCGUCUACCUCCCCGACAACUGCAAGUACCUUGCGCGUAACAACGGCCUGCCCGACACGGCGGUUACCGACGCGCUGCUCGGCACGCCGUGGUUCAUUAUCGCGCUCGGCUUCUUCGUCAUGCUGCCCUUCCACAUCCCGCUCGACCCGCGCUUCCGCCUCCUGGCGCAAAAGUACAACCCGUCGCGCGUCAAGACGACCGAGGGCGCCAUCGGUCUCGCGGGCGUCAUUGCGUCAAUCUACCCGAUCGAGUCGCCCGGCGGAUACCAGCUCCUCGGGCGCACGCUCACCACCUGGCGGCCCUGGAACGAGAAGCCCUGCCUCGUCAACAGCUUUGACCAGAUGGAGUUCUUCGAGGUCACCGAGGACGAGUUUGUCCAGAUCGAGGCGAGCUACAAGGCCGGCAUCUACCAGCCCGAGUCGCGCCAGUCCGUGUUCAACAUGAAACAGUACCUCCAGUGGAUCGACGGCAUGCAGGACGAGAUUGACGCGUUCAAGGCCAAGCAGAAGGCCGCGAGCGAGGAGGUCGCCAAGGAGGAAGCAGUCCUCUUCGCCAAGUGGACCAAGGAGAAGGAGGAGGAGGCCAAGGCCAUCGCGGCACAGCAGGCCGCAGGGGGCGGCAAGGCCUCCGCGUCAGAGGGCACGCCUAUCCAAGCACCCCUCUCGGCGAACGUGUGGAAGUUCUACGUCAAGCCAGGCGACAUCAUCGAGGACGACGACCAGCGCAUCGUCGAGCUCGAGGCCAUGAAGACUUCCGUGUGGGUCACGCCGGGCGAGGAGACCAAGGGCAAGAAGGUGGUGUCGUUCGCAGUCAAGGAGGGCGACGCGGUUGCGCCGGGCCAGGUUCUCUUGUAUCUCGAGUAG